GUCUCCCACAAACUCCGCUUUUCCAAGAGGAAAUUCCUGCAAAAGGAAGGAACUGGGAGACGGCAACAGAAGAGGGACCACGUAACAAAGCAGAAAACGUCGAAAGAACGAGAAUAUUUACCGGAGGUACACUGUAAGACAAUCAGUGAAGCUCAGGCCGCUGCUGAGGUUCGGGUACGGCUCGGCUGCAGUGGUGCAUGCUGGGAAGGUCGGCCGGUCGCUGAAACUGAGGGGGAGCGCGGCGAGCGGCAGCUCUGGAGCUUUUCGCGCUGCAGGACGGCUCCCUGGUGUAAAUACCUCACCCUCCGGCUGGCGAGCUUAGCUGAAGGAAGCUGUAAGCGGACGCCUCGCACCAUGGCCUGCUGAUAGCGUCACUUCCUGUCGCUUCCUGGUUCCCUCGCCCCCCUAAACGGAAGCAUCGGCGCGGCGAUGAACCACACCCCCAGCCCCCACAUGACCGAGGCGGCCAAGUCGGGGGGGGCCCUCCUGCCGGACCUGCGCAUGGGUCCCGACAGGAUGCGGUCCCCGGACAGCAUGACCAACACGCCCAGCCCGCCCGGCGGGGACACGCCCAACUCCAGCCCGCCGCUGCUGCUGUCGCCGGGCUGCGGCGUGGGCGGCGUCCUCGGGCUGGGGGCGGGGCUGGAGGGCGGGGACUGGGAGAGCCGGGAGGAGCUGCGCCUGCGGGAGCUGGAGGAGGCGCGGGCGCGGGCGGCGCAGAUGGAGAAGACCAUGCGCUGGUGGUCCGACUGCACCGCCAACUGGCGGGAGAAGUGGAGCAAGGUGCGGGCGGAGCGCAACCGGGCGCGGGACGAGGUGCGGCAGCUGCGCCAGCGCCUGGACGCCCUCACCAAGGAGCUGACGGGCGCGCGGCGGGAGCGCCAGGAGCUGGCCGCCGAAAACGAGCAGCUGCGUCUCCGCGCCGACCGCCCCGCCCCCGCACCCUCUUCCUCCUCCUCCUCAUCCUCCGCCACCGCCGCCGCCGUCGCCGCCACGCCGCAGCCCCUGGAGAGCAAGCUGCCCGGCGAGCAGGAGAGGCCGGGGGACGGGCCCGGGUCGCCCGAACAGGAGCCCGUGCGGGACGUCAGCACGGAGAGGCCCGACCGGAACAAGGAGAUGGAGCUCCUGGACACGCUGCUGCGGGCCAAGGCGGACGCCCCCGAGGCGUGGGACGCGCGGAGCGGGGGCAGCCUGCGCUCGGCGCUCAGCCGCCAGGACCGCAGCCGGCUGCUCUGGGACGACAUCGCCCUCCUGGAGGAGGACACCAGCAAGGUCAACGCCCUGCAGCUGCGCCUCGACGAAUCGCAGAAGGUCCUGCUCAAGGAGCGCGAGGACAAGCACUCGCUCAGUAAGAGCAUCGAGAAGCUGGAGGCGGAGCUGAGCCAGUGGAAGCUGAAGUACGAGGAGCUGAACAAGACCAAGCAGGAGGCCCUCAAACAGCUGAACCUGCUGAAGGAGGUGCACCAGGACGAGCUGGGCCGCAUGUCUGAGGAUCUGGAGGACGAGCUGGGAGCCAGAACCAGCAUGGACAAGAAACUGGCUGAGUUGAGAGCGGAGAUGGAGCGGCUGCAGGUGGAGAACGCGGCGGAGUGGGGGCGGAGGGAGCGUUUGGAGACGGAGAAGCUGGCCCUGGAACGGGACAAUAAGAAGCAGCGGGCGCAGCUGGAGGACCUGGAGGAGCAGCUGGCCCGCAAGCGCAGGCAGGCCGCCAGCGCCCUGGACACCGACCUCAAGAGCAUCCAGAGCGAGCUGUUCGAGAGGAACAAGGAGCUGGCGGACCUGCGGCACGUGCACACCAAGGUGAAGAAGCAGUACCAGGAGAAGAUGGCGGAGCUGGUGCACGCCAACCGGCGGGUGGAGCAGCACGAGACGGAGGUGAAGAAGCUGCGGCUGAGGGUGGAGGAGCUGAAGAAGGAGCUGGGGCAGGCGGAGGACGAGCUGGACGAGGCCCACAACCAGACCAGGAAGCUGCAGAGGUCUCUGGACGAGCAGGUGGAGCAGUCGGAGAACCUGCAGGUUCAGCUGGAGCACCUGCAGUCCAGACUCCGGCGGCAGCAGAACCCGGGCCUGUUCGGGAAGAUUCGGUCGUCGCGGUUCGGGCCGGAGAACCCGGACGGGCCGGGCAGCGACCCGGACGACGAGGAGGAGGAGCUGCAGAUCCAGAUCGCCUGAGGAGCAUGACCCCUGGGGCGGGACGCAAGGACAGACGGACGAGACAGACGGACACACUGACUGAACUCUAUCUUUGGCUCCACUUGGGCAGGGCCCGCCAACUGACUCCCACCCCCCCCCCACCCCUUCCCCCCCCUCACAGACUAUGAGAGCUGAGAAAGCUGGGAAGAACUUGAUGCUCUCCAGUCCCGUCUCUUCUGAUUGGCUGAAGACAGUCUUCGGUCUCUCUUGUGCAGCAGGGAUUGGUUGGAGGGCUGGUGCUUGAGAUCAGCUUCCAUAUAAGCGAAGAGAACCGUGUCCAUCCGUCAACCCGUCCUUCUCAUUGGACCCGAACCCUUGGCCCCUCCCUCCCCCCAGAUGCGUACCGUUCCGAUGACGUCACCGCCUCACCGUAGCGACGUGCUCCGCGUUCCCAUAGUUACCGCGGGCCUGGGGCCCCCGGCGAGCCGUCUGAAGUGUUGUGCUUGUUCCUCCCCGUGUCUCGCGCUGGAGUGUGUGCUGUUCAGUGGGGGGAUCGCAGGGGCACCAGGGCCAUUCGUUUGCUUGUUUAUCGGUUGCAUGGGAUGUUGAAGGGAAGUUAAAAACAAAACGUAUAGAGCUGUCAUUUUCCAGCCCUGUGGGGUGGGGUGGGGGGGGGGGGGGGGUGUUCCUCUCCACCGUUCUGGACUCAUAAUCAUAUACCCCCCCGCCCACCCCCCACCCCCCCCCCCCAGCCCCGAGCCCUCCGGGCUCUGCAGUAGUUAUCCUCCUCCUGUGCUGCAGCCGGGCUGGGGGAGGCCAUUCAUCCUGUGAGCAAUAAGAUCCUCCAGCUUCUCCUUCAGACUGUAUGCAACGUACCUGCGGGGGGGGGGACCAGGCCAUUUGUAAUGGUCACUGUAAAGGAAAUUAUUUAUCUGUUGUUUAAUAUUGAACUGUACUGCAGUGUUUUGUUUUUUGUAUCUAGCUCUAUAAAUGUGUAUUACCUGA